AUGCAGGCACGAGAUUACGAGUCGCUUCGGCGCGUGGCCGAGCGGGUGAUGAUGAGGUGCGUUCCAAGCACGAAGCAGGACAGACCGGAUUCCUUUAUGCACGCGGUAUUGUGGAAGAGCCGAAAACGAGACAACGAGGACUGUGAUGCGCGUCAGAAGGCCUACAUCGAGAGGAUGCCGCUCGGACUCGGACCGCAGUGCUCUUUGAAGCGCGGCCCAUAUUUGCUUCGCUGCUCCCGGGAGGCGAAGCGCCGGCGCAGCGGCGCGGGAGCAGGAGCUGAGGCGGCGGCCUGGCCUCCACAGCGCAUCCGCCCGCCUGGGGCGCCCUCCGCCUUUGGAGCCUCCGAGGCUUCUGCGCCUCUCCGGCUCCGAGCCCUCCACAGCCAGGCCGUUUUCUCGGUCUUGGAUACCGACUUCCGGGCCAUGUCGCAGAGGUGGGCCUGGCUCAGCAACAGGAUCGCGCUGCUCGAGGGUCUUGGAGGAGCUUUGAGCUUGUGCGGGGAGCACCUGCUGGCGGAGCAAGAGCCAAGCGCCGAUCCCACGCCGACAGAGACAACAGGUGGAAGCGGAAGGAGAACGGCUAAGAGGGAGGCAUUGGACGAGAUCAAUGGUACCGAUGUCGCCGUGCUAGCCAGCGGAAUUGAAGAGGUUACCAUCGAGUUCACUGACGUGCUGAGUGGUGUCGUGCUUAGGUCAUAUCCUCUUGUGCUUUGUUUGCUCAGAUCUGCCCGUCCACAGCGCCGUUUCGGCCCGCUUCCGUACCUUCCGCCGAUGCCGCGGCUGCGUGGGAACGAUGGCAGACGCGGCGAAGCGGCAAAAGGCAGAGGCCGUCACCUUGUGCAUUCGCACCUCAGCGGCUCCUCUCGGAGCUCAGCGCAGGAAGCGGAUGCGGUGCCUGAGCAGGAGCCGCAGGCCAAGAGACAGAAGGCGGAGCAGGCUGACGAGCUCACCCCGGUAGGAACGACGGACGCAGAGGGCGACGAGGAAUCGAAAGCAGAAAGUGCCUCCAGCGACGACGAGAGCGACACAUCUUCCUCCUCGUCCUCCUCCGACAGCUCUGAAAGCUCCUCAGACGAAGAGAGCGAAGCACCGGCAGCCGCAGAUGUUGCGGAGGCGCCAAAGGAGGCCGAGGAUGCGAAGGCCGCGCGCCACCUGGGCACCAUUCGGCUGGCACAACUGAAGCGAGGCGAGCUGGUGAACCUGCUUCGUGACUUGCCGCCAGAGGAGCAUGACUCGCACAUCAAGAGUGCCUUUGUGCUCGUGAAGGUUAGUGAGGCCGAUGAGGUCAUGGCUGAGGUGGUAUGCGCAGAGCCUUCUGCUGUCUACCAUGUCCAGAACCUGGAUUUCCCGAAGGAGGUGAAGGUGCUCAAGUACCAGCUCCGCUGCAAGCGAGGUACGGCCGAGAAGCUGAUUAAAGCCUCGGCUGUGAGCAAUGGCAUGAUCGAGGAGAAGCACCUAAAGCAAUGGAAAAGCUUGAUAAAUCGUUGCAAAAUAGACCCCGAAUUGAUUCUCGACAACAUGCAGGAGAGGGCCCAGCAGAUAUGCAGGAGCAAGGCCAUCAAGUACGAUGAAGCAAUGGUGGCCCGCAUUCUGUCGCAGAAGAAGCCGAUCGAGUUCGAUGCGCAGAAGCAGUCUCGAAUGGCGGCUCAGGUGCAGAUUGGUUUGACGCAGAUGGACAUCAGCAGCAUCCGGGAGUUUGAAGUGCUCAAACUCGGGAAGGAACAUGAAAUCGCCAAGCAGCAUCUGCACCAAAUGCAAAGAAAGGAGUACGAGAAACACGAAGAGUGGUUCCAACAUGCACGUGGUCUUUUCAGUGCCAAGGAGGUCAACCGAAUGAACCACGAUCGGCAAGUUCGAGAUGACAGACACGCGCUUCAGUACGCCCUUGACAAUGAGAGGAGGGAGGACGCAGAGACAGGCAGAUUGAAUCCCUUCGAGAGAAGGGCCUGCCGUCCAGUGUCAGCCUGGGACACACGGCUCAGCCAAAGCGAGGAGCUGGAGCAGUGGAAACUGGCGAACGUUGCGCUGCGCUUAGAGGCCACGCGCGCUGCGGAGGCAAGAGCUGGGGAGGUAGAAGUCGCAGGAAGAUAUGUGGUCCUGGCGUCGGGCGAGGGCGGGCGGGGGAACCGUGCUUCUGCCUGGAUGAUAUUCUUGGGGUUGUUUCUGACAUGUCUGGUGAUGCUUCCUAGCCGCUGGGCCAGUCGUGCCCGGAGAGUGGUGGAUGUGCUCGUCACAAGUCCACCAGUGGUCGUCACAACUUGCGGAAGAAUACAAGGUCGCUGGGAGGCGGCUGCAGCCAAGUCUAUUGCGGCCUUCCGGGGCAUCCAGUUUGGCACGGCUAAACGAUGGAUGCCACCCAGCCUCGCAUGUCCAUCAACGACAAUUGCGACUACGGAUGGCCCUGCGUUUCUGCAUGGUGGAGGCCUACAAGGAGGCGAUGCAUCUGGAUACAACGGUAUCCAAAACCUGGUGGCGUUGUCCGGGGACAUCAUUUUGGUUGCUUGCCAAUACCGUCUUGGUGUGCUGGGCUUCAUGGCGACUAGCAGACUGUCGGAGAGAGAUCCGCGCGGUGUAAGUGGGAAUUAUGGCUUCUUGGACCAACAGCUUUGCCUCCGCUGGGUUCAACAGCACGUCGCAGCUUUCGGGGGUGAUGCAGGGAACGUCACACUGCUGGGACAUUCGGCGGGCGCCACAACGAUCAAUGCGCACUUGGCCGCGCCGAAGUCUGUGGGUCUCUUUCACCGUGCAAUCCUCCUCUCCGGCAGUCCUGGAACUCCGAAGUUGUCUCAGAGGGAGAAGGAGCUGCAGGAUACCUCUUUGUGGUUGCCGAGCACAGGCUGCAUGGACUUGGAAUGCCUCUUGAACUGCGAUGCAGGCAGGCUCUCGGAUUCAUUGCCACAGCGCUACAGGCACUUUGACCAGAGCGACUAUCCCACUGCCCCAGCUCCUCAAGGAAUUGCUUGGGCCGAGCUGCUUCAUGUGGACGGCGUCUCCAUCCCCUGGCCGGCAGCAGAGGCCUUCCGCCACGCCCGCGUGCCGCUCGUGGUCCAGACCAUGGAGGCGGAGAUGGCCGGGUCGUCGGCGCCGGGGCUCCCGGACUUUGCAACCAGCGAAGCCUUCCUGGAAUUUCUUCGGAGCAGGCACGAGAUGGGUGCAGGCUUUGGGCCGAGCUUUGUCGCUGCUCUGGCUGUAGCCUAUGCGGAAUUCGAGCCGAACUUGGCAAAGUACGCCCUCGACAGCGAGACAGGCAACGGUUGCGGCUACAGGGCUCUGGCGCAGCUUGCUGCUGCGGGCGGGAGUCAAGUUCACAUGGGUAUGGUGAGAUUCGGCCCAACCAGACCAGUGAGAUGGAGAUCCGACUGCACGGAGAUCAAGCACCCGUAUCCUUUCCAUGGCUGGGAACUUGCGGCUGCCACGGGUGAGGAUGCAUCCUGCGGGGACUUUCAGAGGACCGCGUGGUUAGCUUUCGUUCGACACGGCAGUGGUGGGCUCUCUGACUUGGGGUGGGAAGCCCUGGAUGAUCGCCAGCCACUUGCCACCUGCCUGGCUACAGGCAGCUUGACCGUGUUGAAGUCUUGGCGAGACUACGAGUUCCUUUGCCAGUGCCGCGUAGGCAAGCACAAGGUACACUUCAUCCGCGGUGGCGACUUCUCGGAAAUGCCUGGCCGUGUGCUUGAUGCAGAUUCCAGAAGCGUCCAGCUCCGAUUCGUUGCGACACAGAAAAGCGUGGAGGAGCCCUCACACUCGGCUGGGGACACUUCGGACCGGGUCGAGGACACUGCGCAAGAAAGCUCCGAUGCGGAGAGGCUCAAGGUCGACCUCGAGAUGUUGGAACUCAUGAGAAAACACUACACUGACUACACAUGA